AUGCCGCUCAAUUCUCCAGUACCGGUUCCUGUGUAUGCUUCGUCUGAACUCAAGAAUACCUCCGACGAUGCUAUCACAACAUACCUCACUCUCGGUCUCCCUAAACCUAACAGAUUUGUCGCAAGCCACACCAAAACAGAUAUCCGUCUUAUCAUUGGCUAUUGCGCAGUCACAAUUGCUGGAGCCUCUUUCUACCUUGACUAUACGAAAGGUUGGGAGUUUACGGCGCCAUGGAUGAUAUAUGCCGUAAUAGCAUAUUUCAUACUAAACACCGUAUACACCGGAUGGGUAUGGCUGGUCGAGAACAGGCAGGUGUUCGAAGGCACCUCGCCUAAGGGAGAAACGCUUCAAAUACUGUCUCUGUCGAAGAAGUUAUCUUCGACAUACAAGCUUCAUUUCCGACAUACUUCUGCUUCAGGAAAAGUGGUACAGGAAAAUACAAUCGAGGCUCCUUUUUCCAAGUGGUUUUCAGCAGACGGCACCCUACACUUUGAACCAUUUUCAGAGUGGCUCAAGAACGAGAUAAAGCUUGUACAGACAUCUUCGUUGGAAGGUUCCUCUAAAUAA